AUGGCGUUGAGAAUUCCUCUUCCAAUCGGUCUAAGAUCCGGCUAUGAAUUCGUCAAAAGCGACAAUAGCAGCUGUUCUUCGAUUGGGCCAUCUCAUAGAGGCGGCAGAGGAGUUGCUGUGAUUAAAUCCAGCUUUAAUCAGCAACGGAAAGGCGUUAGGGACACAUCUCCUAAAUCCUCCUCUGUUCUGCAAACUCCAGAGAAGAUCGCCUCUGCUUUUGGCCAUGAGACAUUAAUCGCCGAUCUCGAACGUUUGUUCAAACAAGCUGGAGAUCCUCUUCGUCCGCAGCUCGCUGGACCUUUCUCUCCCUCUACGGAUGCAGGAUUCUCGGGGAGGCCUGUUCGCGUCGCCUACCAAGGCGUUCGAGGCUCAUACUGUCAAGAAGCGGCCAUCAAAGCUUUCUCUCAAGUCUGCGAUGCCUUCCCCUGUGACCACAUGGAAGACGCCUUCGAGGCUCUCGAGCAUAAAGCCGCCGAUCGUGCUAUCAUACCCGUCGAGAAUUCCAUCGAUGGAACGAUCGAUCGGAAUUUAGAUCUCUUAAUCCGUCAUGGCGAUGUAGACAUCGUCGGAGAAUUAGUCCUCCCUGUAAAUCACUGUCUUUUGGCCGUUCCUGGUACCUCAGGAUCCGAUCUGAAACGGAUCGUAAGCCAUCCGCAGGCGUUGAACCACUGUAAAACCAGAUUGGAGUCAUUAGAUCUGGAGGUGGAGGAGGUCUCCAACGCGGCCGACGCUGCGAGAUUCGUGUCGGAGAAUCGGAUCUCCGAUACCGCCGUGAUUGGUAGCAGAAUCGCUGCUAAAGAAUUUGGACUGAAGAUCAUGGAUCAGAAUCUUCAAGAUGGAAACUGUAACUUCAAUCGAUUCUUGCAGUUGGGGUUACGGUUAGGGUCGGAACCCUCGUCACGUCUUCGUCCUCCUCCCUCGUCUCUCGCCGGUAAAUCCAAAACCACCGUUGCGUUUUCCUUAGAAAACGGAGUCUCAGAUCUUUUCCGUGCUCUUUGGAUUUUCGAGAGCCGAAAUGUCACGGUGACUCGGGUGGAGAACCGGCCGAACCGGUCUGCUCCGGUCAGAGUUGUUGAAAAGGGGACAGAAAAGUUCCGUUAUUUUGAUUACGUUUUCAUAUUGGACUUAGAUGGUAGCGUAUCGGAACCGGGCAUUAGAGCUGCUCUGAACGGGUUGGAAGAGAUAUCGGGUUUCCUCCGCGUUCUUGGUUGUUAUACGUGUGGCCACUAA